AUGGAGCCCUUGUCCCCGCGGUCGACAAAUCAGUUGAUUAAGCCCAAGUCAAUCAUGGAUCGGAAAGUUGUCGAUAGCAAACCCGCCGCCGCUGCUGGUCAGAAGGCCUCGAGUUCUAAGAACCAUGCCGACCCACCACCGGCUUUAGUGCCAGAGCCAGAAGAUGGCGGGGAAAGAUAUUCCAUUGGGGGAUUCUUAGGGAAAGGCGGCUUUGCUGUUUGUUAUGAAGGAACAUUAGCGAGGAACGGUCGCGUGUAUGCGAUGAAAGUCGUGCGAUCGCAAAUGCCACAGAAGAAGAUGGAAGAGAAGUUUCGGACAGAGUUACAAAUACACUCGAAAAUGCGACACCCAUUCAUCGUCCAAUUCUACCGUGCAUUCGCAUUCGAGCAAAGCACAUACGUUGUUCUAGAGCUCUGUCCGAAUGGCUCAGUGAUGGAUAUGGUCCGCAAACGUCGAUUUCUGACGCUUCCAGAAGUGCGUCGGUUUAUGAUUCAACUGUGCGCCGCAGUGAAAUACCUACACAAGCGGUUCGUUGCGCAUCGCGAUCUGAAAAUGGGCAACCUCUUCCUCGAUCAGGAUAUGAACAUCAAAGUUGGAGACUUUGGGCUGGCAGCUAUGAUCUUGUCUGAUAAGGAUGCAAAAAGGCGGAAUACGUUGUGUGGAACGCCAAACUAUAUCGCCCCAGAAGUUCUGGAUAAGAGCAAGGGGGGCCACACCCAGAAGGUUGACAUCUGGUCACUUGGUGUUAUAUGCUUUGCCAUGUUGACGGGCUAUCCACCAUUUCAAUCAAAAACCCAAGAAGAAAUCUAUCGCAAAGUACGGAGUUUGACAUACGUGUGGCCUAAGGAUACGGAAAAUUUUAACUUUAUCCCCGAAGAGGCGAAGGACUUGGUCAGUGCUUGCUUGAACCUGGUAGACGAAGAACGGCCCGACCCUGAUGACAUCGUUGAGCAUCCCUUUUUCAAUAUGUAUGAUGGCUGCAUUCCUCGUCAACUGGAUCCGGCGUGUCGCUACAAUAAACCAUUAUGGUUGAAAGACCAAGCGCCAAGAGGCGAUAGCAUGGUCAGCGGAUACGGUUUAGAUUCCGAUGAGAAACUCCGCGCCUAUGUCCUCCAAGUUGACGAUCCCAGCCAGCGAUAUCACUCAUGCAAAGCCGCCUUCUACUCCCUGUGCGGUGUUGGGAAAAAGCCAGAUGGCACUGCUCGCAAGUCCGUUGGUCGCAACUGUUCCAAGUCUGCGUACUCUGAGUGCGAGACCGAGGACGCCAGAGGUCUUCGACCUGUUGUCCCAUUACCUAUGGACUUUGUCUACCGUUGGCCUCACGACAUUGAUGGAGACUGGUGCCUGGUGGAAAAUAGCCGGAAAUCGAUUCGUACAGAGGAAUCUGCAAUGGAGAGCAGUGUUCUAUCGAGAAGCAGCGUCACGUCAGUUCGUACAAACACACUUGCUGCAUCGCGAACCAAUGCAGCCCUCGUCGCGGCUCAACAACGCAGGUUGGAGGGUCAGAGCCACGCCGCCACCUUGCGAGCACGCCCAGGAGGAGGAUCUGUUCGAGGAAUGCCGGGCACAGCCGAGCCGAAAUCGCCCGUCCGAGGGCAUCAGGAUAUGAGGGAGCAAGGACUCGCACCACCUACGAUCGGUGACGCACCUUCCGGAGGUCUUGCUGAGCGUCCGAUUCGAACAAGAAGAAUGGCAUCCAGCUCUCAGGCCCCAACCGUUCGAGAAAUGGAGAACAGGGUCGCUCCCCAACUCAACAAAUCUACAAGUAUGCCAUCCGGUCUCACUAUAGGCAAGACCCGGUCUCAAUCUCGUAGACUGGAAGCCGCCAGCCAAGCGCCUCGCCUCCCGUCAGUUGCUGCAUCUGAACCGAAAGUUGCACCAUCCGCUGAAGAACGCCGGAUUGCUGGUCGAAACACGUCUCUGCGGUCGACGUCUCGACCUGAUCUCAAGAUUGCUGCAGAUCACGCAGAGCGACCCAGGAGCAGUGCAUUAGAGGAACCGCCGAGAUCAGCAAUGGCUUCAUCGAUGACCCAAGGCAUCAGUCGUUCAAACAGUAAGGGAGCGUCAAGCAAGGCGCGCUCGAGUCUCGGACUCAGCCCUCUUUUCCACCAUGAGGAUCUCUGUGAGCUACUACCGGGGACCUCUCUAACGGAGGUGAACACUGAUAUACGUUUGAUGUUAUCGAACCUUCUCAACCAUUCCUCCUCGCGCCGGAGGAACGGGCCCCGGAAACAACCCCAUGCCUAUGUCAUUAAAUGGGUGGAUUAUACAAACCGAUACGGUAUCGGGUACGUCUUGGAUGAUGGCAGCGUGGGGUGUGUCUUCAAGGGCGAGAAUGGUCAGCCGGCUACCAGUGUUGUUGUCAGAGAUGGCGAGAAGCAUAUUCGUCGCAAGGCGCGCAGUGUUGAUACUCCCGAGGAGAAGGGGAUUCCUUAUUCCGAGGCUGACUACUUGAUUCCUCGCAACGGCAGCCCAGUAGAGUUCUACGAGAAUGACGAUGAUAGCACGUUGGGAUGUCGUGGCAUUCGACGAGGCUACAUAUCACCAUCCUUAUUCGAUGCGAGGACUUCCAAGGCCAUGAGACUUCGCGUGAACGCUGGCUCAGAGACGGAAAGAUCAGAUAGCGAAAAGAUUAAGCGAGUCAAGUUGGUCGAUCAAUUCGGAAAAUACAUGAUUGGCUCGCUCGGCCGCCAUGGCGACGAGGGAGUAAAUGACGAGGAGCUGUCCGCUCACACAAGUGGUCAGUUCAUUAAAUUUUACCAGCGUCUUGGUAAUGUUGGCAUCUGGGGCUUUGGUGACGGUGCUUUUCAAUUUAAUUUUCCUGAUCAUACCAAGCUCGUCAUUGCCCCUGGCCGCACUCGCAGCUCCUCGCCAUGGAUUGACUUCUACCAUCUCUCGCCAUCGGCCGCUCGCUACUUUGCAGCUAAAGGCAAGAUGCACCCUUCUGGCUUUGAUACUCGUGCCGUUGCAUCUGACGAAGCCUCUACCUUCUUGAGCAUUGCCAAUGGGGAGUCGCUAAGCUCUAUUGAGGACCGCAUCCGGGACAUCUUGGAUGCAAACUCUUUUGUACAGAAAAUCAGCUUUAUCAAGGAUGUCUUCAAAGUGUGGAUGAAACAUGGGCGGCUCGGUGGCCGCCCUUCCAGUCUCUCUGCUCCGGGAGAGGAUUCCUCUACUCCCGAGAUGUUCUGGCAAGGUACGCAAGAGCGGGCACAGCCUGGGGCUCAUGGCACAAAGUACGUGUGGGUCACCGUUGGAGCCCCUGGCGGAGAUGGCGAGUAUCGAUCCGUUAUGUUGAAGGAGACAGAUAAGGAAAGGCGGACCGGCCAGAGAAGCGGCGGGGAGUUGAUCUCGACAAGGAGAUGGAUAUGUUGA